AUGUAUAGCCUUAUAACUGCAUCACCGUCAUCGUACAAUGUUACGAACGCGAAUUCUCCGAAAAGUUCGUGUAACGAAACAAUGGUCAUAUCGAGUGACAAAAUCCACGACGAAGAAACAAUGGGUUUUAUCUCACGUAUGUCCAGUUCAACACCAACUUCGUAAGUAUCUUUCAUAGUAUUUUAAGUAUCGAAUUAAAUAAUAUUAUUAUACUCAUUUGUAUAGUCUUAGUACUGCAUCACCAUCAUCGUACAAUGGUAUGGACUCAAACACUGCAAGAUGUCGGUUUAACGAACCAAUAGUUAUAUCUAGCGACGAUUCGGACGACGACGAAGUCCGAAGUUUUAUCUCACGUUCGUCCAGUUCAACAUUGUCUUCGUAAGUGUCUUUAAUAGUAUUUUAAGUAUCGAAUUAAAUAAUAUUAUUAUACUCAUAUGUAUAGUCUUAGUACUGCAUCACCAACAUCGUACAAUGGUAUGGACUCAAACUCUGCAAGAUGCCGGUUUAACGAACCAAUAAUUAUAUCUAGCGACGAUUCGGACGACGACGAAGUCCGAAGUUUUAUCUCACGUUCGUCCAGUUCAACAUUGUCUUCGUAAGUAUCUUUCAUAGUAUUUUAAGUAUCGAAUUAAAUAAUAUAAUUAUACUCAUAUGUAUAGCCUUAGUACUGCAUCACCAUCAUCGUACAAUGGUAUGGACUCAAACNCUGCAAGAUGUCGGUUUAACGAACCAAUAGUCACAUCUAGCGACGAUUCGGACGACGACGAAGUCCGAAGUUUUAUCUCACGUUCGUCCAGUUCCACAUUGUCUUCGUAAGUUUCUUUAAUAGUAUUUUAAGUAUCGAAUUAAAUAAUAUUAUUAUACUCAUAUGUAUAGCCUUAGUACUGCAUCACCAUCAUCGUACAAUGGUAUGGACUCGAACCCUGCAAGAUGUCGGCGUAACGAACCAAAAGUCAUAUCUAGCGACGAUUCGGACGAAGACGAAGUCCGAAGUUUUAUCUCACGUUCGUCCAGUUCAACAUUGUCUUCGUAAGUGUCUUUAAUAGUAUAUUAAGUAUUGAAUUAAAUAAUAUUAUAAUACUCAUAUGUACAGCCUUAGUACUGCAUCACCAUCAUCGUACAAUGGUAUGGACUCGAACCCUGCAAGAUGUCGGCGUAACGAACCAAUAGUCAUAUCUAGUGACGAUUCGGACGACGACGAAGUCCGAAGUUUUAUCUCACGUUCGUCCAGUUUAACAUCAUCUUCAGACGUACCUUAUGAACAUCUAUAUGACGUCGAGUGAUCUCUUGAAUGACUUCAAUGACUCCGAAAACGAUGAAACGAUUAGUUUUAUCUCACACUCUUCCAGGUUAACAUCACUUUCGUAAAUAUUUAUGAUAGUAUCAUA